CUAACAUUCAGGCAUCGAAACGGCCGCGAAGCUGCGCAGUUCAGUCAAGUGUGAGCACACAAGUAAGAGCGAGCCCACACGAGGAUGGCGGACAAAAUGCUUUUUGCACCGCUGCUGUUUCUCAUCGUGUUAAUAUGGCCCACGAUCAUCAUUCCAGUAACUAGCAAUGAAGCCUGUGUGUAUGAUAAUGCUGUUGCCACACUGACUGGACGGAGUUGUAGAAACCGACGUUGUACCAUUGAGGAGAAUAACUGCAGGGGCAACAGGGAAUGUCUGUGUGAUGGAGCAUGUGGUUACCGUUGCAUCAGCACCAUAGUUUCUUACUGCAGGGAGCUUGAGCCCCCUGUGAAUGGAUCCAUCGAAUACUUGGACGGAAAUCGCGCCUUUGGCGCCAGGGCUGCUUACGAGUGCGAUCACGGCUACCUGCUGUCUGGCGAGGACGAAGUACGGACAUGCCUGGGUGAGAGGGAAUGGAGUGCUGGCGAAACUCCACGGUGCAUAUCUCAAGGAGAACUAUGUCCCCGUCGGGAAGGUGUAGACAGAGAGUGUCAACAAUCAUGCACCAGACGAAAGGAUUGCCUCAACAAACAUGAGGAGGGUUGCUUGUGUGAUGGUGACUGCGGUAUGAGCUGUCUAAGAGUCUUUGUUGAUGAGUACUGCCCUCCAGUGGAACUGAGCGAGGGCGCCGUUGUCCUGUUCAUGACAACCAAGAAAAUCGUGUACCGGUCUAAGGUAAUGUUGGGCUGUGAAAAUCAAUACAAGAUAGCAGAAGGUAACGUGAAUAUCACCUGCUUGCUCAAUCGAACCUGGAGUGGACGGCCUCUCCGCUGCACUCCCAAAGCUUUAUGUACCAGCCCACCGGUCAUAGAGGGUGCCCGGCAUGACAGCUGGGAACACCGAUUCUACGCAGGCGACGAGCUGCUGUACACAUGCAAGCCUGGUUACUACACCUAUGGGCUUGGGCAGACAAGUACCUGCAGGGACGAUGGGCAGUGGACAAACGUGACCUUGGAAUGCUAUCCCAAAAGUUGCGGAGAUCCAGGCUACUUAAGGAAUGGCAGGAGGGAGGGAAACUUGUUCACCUUUUUGAGUAGGGUCACUUUCCAUUGCAACAUUGGCUACGAGAUGCGAGGUUAUGCCCACAGGACCUGCAUGUCCGACCAGAGGUGGAGUUCAUUCAUGCCGGAAUGCGUUGCAAUUGAAUGCCCGAGGUUGUAUGCACCAGAAUUUGGAUCAUUAGAGGGAACGCGGGUCACGUAUGGUUCUGAGGCAUACUUGGAGUGCAACCGAGGCUACAAGCUCUUGGGAAGUGAGUACAGGCGUUGUCAGGCCAACGGAACUUGGAGUGGAGAAGAGACUACUUGCCGAGUCAUUACGUGUCCUGAGCCAGACACUCCGGACAAUGGCUCCAAGAGGUCGCCUCGGUACGGGUUGGACGCCAUCACUCACUUCUCCUGCAAUUCGGGAUACACUCUGUUUGGGAGUAGCACCACGCGGUGCACCGCUGAUGAGAGGUGGUCAGAGCCCACGCCGGAAUGCAAAGGUGAUUGCAGCGUGGAAAGCUCUCCUCGAAAUGGCUACUUUUUACAUAGAUAUGAACGUUACACAGAGGGCCAAGUGGUUCAGCAUGGAACAGUUAUAGAGGUGAGAUGUUACAGGCUUUACUCCUUAAACAGUGAAGAGCCAUAUGAAUGCAUCGAUGGAGAGUGGUCAUUUGACGCAGAGUGUGUUGAAAAUCCGUGUCCCAAGCUAUCAGAGCUACUCAAUGGACAGAUCACUUACGAUCCAGAAUUGGUGAAUCAGUCGCAGAGCACUGUCCCCCAUGAGACAGUGGCCACAUACAGCUGCCUGUACGGCUUUGAACAACAGGGAGGGUACAGCACAACACGCUGCUACUUUGGUGCCUGGAAUGGCCGUUGGGAGCCUGUCUGUGAACCGAAGACUUGCAGUAAGGAAACUUUGGAGAACGGAAACGUGCGCUACACUAAGAAUGACCAGGAUUUUAGUGUGCGGGACCAAGACCCCCAUCAUGACGUUGUCAGGACUGCCAGAUGUAGUAAUGGCUACAGUUGGGAACCAUCCUCAAGAAGGCAGUCAGUGUGCGAGAAUGGCGAGUGGAGUGACUCACUUCCAACCUGCAAGCCAGAUGCCUGUUCUACACCAGAUGUCGAUGGUGGUGAUAUAGACGUGCAAAGUAUGAGACAUGGAGGUACUGCACAGCUCACUUGCAGAUGGAACCUGAAAUCAAGCGUUGGUGAUGGCCAGUUGCAGUGCCAUGCAGGACAUUGGGUACCAGACGGCAUUGAAUGCAUCAACAGAGAUGCACCUUUCAACGUGGCUUAUGGAAAACCUGCAUCGCAAAGCCCAAUUUCUGAGGUCUCCAGUAGGAAACAAGCUCCCCUGGCAGUGGAUGGAGAUAGGACUACUGACAAAAACCAUGGAAGCUGUACUGUUGCAAAAAAAUCCACACAGCAGGUUUUCUGGGAAGUAGACUUGCAGAAUACCUACAAGAUAGAAUAUGUGGUGAUCUACACCAAAUCCAAGUCCCAGGUCCGAGGAGCCACAGUCCAAGUUGGAUACAGUGGCAUGGCUAGGCAGUCCUACAGGCAAUGUGGUCAGGAAGUGAAUAGACGCACGGUUGCAGUCCCUGAGUCUGGUCUGCGAGUGGAUUGCACAUCGCAGCUGAUUGCUGGACAAAUAGUCCGAAUCGAGCGUCAAGCUGACAGCAUGAGCCUGUGCGAGGUAGAGGUGUUUGUCACUGGCCCCGUUGCUACGUGUCGAAUUCCGGACAUAGCCGGAAUGAGACAGACACUGGCAGGAACCAACGAGGAGCUGCAUGCCGGUACCAGAGUUCCUCCAGGUACAGCUAUUGACUACAGCUGUGAGGGUGAGAGUUACCAGCACAACGGAGUCAGAGAUAAUCACUGUAACAGUGAUGGUACAUGGGCGAAUACUAACCCCAGUUGUGAUGCAGCUGAUUGUGAAGUUCAGGCCCCUGAAAAUGGUUGGCUAUUACAGCAGAUAAGCCGUCUUCCUCACGGCUAUCAGCUUGCCUACUCUUGUAGAGAUAGAUAUGAAAAGGCACAAGAUAUCGUCACUCAUUGUGAGUCAGGCGAGUUGACCCCUGAACCCCGGUGUGUCCCUGAACAUUGUAGACUACAGGCAAGUGAUUUCGGUGAUGUUAUCAUCAAUAACAACGAACCUGCACCUGAUGCUGACGGAAUUGUACACAUACCUCAUGGUACUAAAGUCCAUUUCACCUGCGCAAGAGGACAUAAUCUGAUAAAUCAAAAUAGAAACACUCCUCGGUGUUGGAUGGGACAUCUUCAGGAUAUCACUCACAUCCCAUAUUGUAGCCCAGUUACAUGUGACUAUCCACCAUACCCCCAGCAUGGCAGCUACAACCUGGAGCAGGGGGACAGUGCGGUGCACGGUUCUGCCAUAAGGUACGAGUGUUAUAAGGGAUAUCAGUUACAAGACCCAUCCAAAGAAUAUUCUUACUGCGUUGAUGGGAGAUGGAGCCCAGAGGAGCUACCUGUGUGCCAACGGCUGACAGUGCCAGUAACAGAAACACCGAAUGCAAAUGCUCCAUGCCCCACGCCUUCUCCACCCAAUGCCUUGGUCUUCCACAAUGGCCAAAACAUUGCCUUGAUUGACUCUGUAAUCAAUUUUGGUCAAGGUGACUGGAUUGUCACUCGCUGUAUUAACCACUACAGUGCAAAUGGGAGGAAGGCAGUCGACUCUAUGUGUUCAAAUGGCGCUUGGACUCCUGCCUUGCCAUCCUGCGGUAAGACAAACAUUCGUGGCUGUGUGUUCUGAUCGAGAAAGCCUGCAGAGUUAUACUCAUGCAGUAUGACUGCACUAGUUUGUGCUUUCAGCUAUAGGAAAAUAUAUGUUCAGCAGUUUUCAGUACAGUGCGUGUA